AUGGAGACAACUGGCUUCACAGAGAACCAACUCCUGGUGCGAGAGUCAAUAAAUCAAAUAUGCUCCCAAUUCCCAAGCUCAUACUGGCAAGAACACGAUCAAAAUGAGCAAGACCCUAAGGAGUUCCACGCCGCAAUCGCCAAAGGGGGCUGGCUAGGCAUCGCUCUCCCAGAAUCACUCGGCGGCGCAGGCCUUGGAAUAUCCGAAGCAACUAUGAUGAUGCAGACAAUCACCGAGUCGGGAGCCGGUAUGGCAGGAGCACAAGCUAUUCACGCCAAUGUCUACGCGACGCAACCGUUGGCCAAGUUCGGCACGGAGGAACAGCUCGCAGAAACAAUCCCCAACAUCAUAUCAGGAAAAUGGCGAACCUGUUUCGGAGUGACAGAACCAAACGCAGGGCUCAACACCCUCGCGCUAUCAACCACAGCUCAAAAGACUAGCGACGGGUACAGCAUCACCGGCCAAAAGAUUUGGAUUACAUGCGCACAAGUAGCGUCAAAGAUGAUACUUCUGGCUCGCACCACGCCCAGAGACCAAGUCAAGAAGCCAAGUGAAGGGCUCUCCUUAUUCUGUAUUGACCUAGAUCGCGAUAGACCCGGCCUGGAGCUGCGUCGAAUCAAGAAAAUGGGCGGCCGGGCCGUAGACGCAAACGAAGUGUUUUUCGACAACUACGACAUCCCAUCUUCUGCCCUAAUAGGAGAAGAAGGGCGAGGAUUCAAGAUGAUUCUUCAUGGAAUGAAUGCAGAGAGAUGUCUAUUAGCCGGCGAAGCUCUGGGACUUGGAUAUGCAGCACUAUCAAAAGCUGCGUCGUACGCACGAGAACGAGUCGUGUUUGAAAGGCCCAUUGGCAUGAAUCAAGGUGUUGCGCACCCCUUGGCGGAUGCAUAUGUUAAGCUCGAAGCGGCGAAGUUGGCGACAUAUCAUGCUGCAAGGCUGUAUGACCAAAGCAAGCAUGAUGGUAACGUCAAACAAGAUGCUGUUGGUGUUGCGGCUAAUAGCGCCAAGUAUGUUGCUGCAGAGGCGGCAUUCACAGCUUGUGAGAGAGCUGUUCUUGCACACGGGGGAAUGGGAUAUCCACGCCGGUCUCGCCGUUUGGAACCGGCUCCUGCACCGGAGGCAAGCGUAUCAUUAAGUCCGGCACGAACCGUUGACACCAACGUGCGACCGUCGUCUAGCAUCGCUGGCGGUGAUUCCUAUCUACCAGACGCAGAACCUAGAUCCAGUCCGCCUGUCCACGACGACAUAACCGCCGACGACAACCAUGCGACAACUUCAGCACCAUCCGCCCCAGGCACCUUGUUCUUCGGAGAGUCAAACUUCCUGACCCUCGUCCCUGGUAACGAGGCAGCUGCCCUCGGAGGCACAGGAAACACUCCCAACCAAAAACCUCGACUCACAUUUCCCAUCCCCGGAAGCCCGGGUUCACAAUCGCAAGUUGAAGGCGCAGGAAUAAGCGCCAGUACCAUGCGCUACCUUCGAGAUGAAGGCGCCCUCACACUUCCCGAUCUGCAGACGUGUCUGCCUGCUCUCCAGGCGUACUUUACCUGGUUUCACCCCAGUUUCCCGAUUCUAGAUCGCGCAGAGGUGACGAGACGACUGGCAGCUAUGGAUAUCUCUCGCUUCUUACUACAGGCCGUGCUGUUUAUAGGGGCUACGUACUGCGACGACGCGACGAUCUUGGAUAUGGGAUUCACGGAUCGGUCUGAAGCUAAGCGCGUUCUGUACACGAGAGCGAGAUUACUGUUCCAUGCGGACUGGGAAAAGGACGAGAUGAUACUGAUACAGUCGAUUUUUCUUAUGAGCUUCUGGCGCGGUGGACCUGCUGAUGUUCGUGAUGUGAGGUACUGGCUGGGCGUGGUGAUUACACUGUCUGAGUCGUAUGGGCUGCAUAGAUCGCCGAGAUCAAUUUCAAAAGGCACGCAUAUGAAUCGGAUGCGACGGAGAAUAUGGUGGUCCAUAUACGUGCGAGAACGUCAAGUAGCCGCUGCACUUGGACUACCAAGUCGUAUCAGAGACGAGGACUGCGACAUCGAGCCUCUCAGUGCGACUGACCUCGAGUCCGAGGCAUUGAGUGCUAAUAACCAGUUGUUUGGGUCUUGCCAGCCCGAGCACAUUACAUAUACUAUAAAGAUGGUUGAAAUCGCUAGAUUACUCGGUCGUGUGAUUGACCUACACUUUGCCCCCGGCAAGCGAGCCUCCACUGCCGGCGACGUCCAAGACCUCGACAAUGCUUUAGAAGCAUGGAAGGACAGUCUACCAGAUAGCAUGAAGUACGCAACAGACGAAGGCAGCGAGUCCGUCUGGACAUGUCUCCUACACUUGGCAUACAACCACCUCCGAAUCUUAAUACACAGAAACAGCUUCCUCCGUCACGGAGAAGGCGACAAGAACAACCAAGUCACCGCAGCCGCCUGUCGAAUAAGUCGCAUCGCAGAAGACAUGUCCACACACGGCACCCUCCGUUACGGCCAAAUGCAUCUGAUCACGAGUCUCUUCGCAGCGCUAUGCAUCCACGUCAUAAGUAUACGUCGAGGAAUGGGCGUGUCAAGACGCAUUGCAGAGCACAGAGCCCAAAUGUGUCUGCUGUGUCUGAAGGAGAUCCAAAAGUACUGGAGGAUCAACAACAAUGUGCUUGAUUUGUUUCUGCAGUACCUCGAUCGAUCUAUCGCCGAGCGGUUGCAUGCAGCUCAGACGGAUGGCUCAGGGGCAGACGCGGCAGCUGGGUCGAAGCGACAGGAUCCUUUUGUCGGUAGUAAUGGUGAUGCGGCUGGUGAUGCUGCCAGAGGGGAUCCGAUGUUAUCGCAGACUGCUGAACAGCAGCGCAGUCAGGACGAGUUGUUUCAAGAUCAGUACUUUAAUUUGGUGAAUGGCCAUUGGGAGGGCGAUGAUGCGUUGGGAGAUUUGGGUUUGUUUUUGCAGGCGGAUGAUUUUUCGCCAGUCAAGGGGCUUAAUUUCCUCGGUCGGUCGCUGUAG